AUGGUCUUCGCUGACUUGCCUCAGGCCGUGGUGGUCUCAGGGGCUGGUUGCGAGGAGGCCAAUGGAGUGUACAAGGCCACCGAGCGAGAGUACUGCGAUGCUCCAGUGUACGAACAUGCUGAACGAGGCCAGGAACUGAAGAUCACCCGAGAACCACACAAGAAUGCGAAGACUGGUGCUGUGAAGCACGGCUGGCUGCUGGGGCAGAGCGCCCGCCCUCUCUACGGAGCACCAACAGAGUCCCUGACGGUCCCUGCAUCUGGCUGGAAGAAGUUUGGCGGCGAGGAGCCUGUACCAACCAUCAAGACGCUCCUACACGCGGAUGAAAUUUUCUUCAUCUCUGCAGACGAUUCCAAAUUGGCAGGGGAUGAUGCUCUUGAACAGAAGGACUGGAAAGGUGCAAUUCAGCAUUACACAGCUGGAAUUGAUAUACUCAAGCGGACGAACGAUCGCUUGAAUGAAGGCUUCAGAAGCCGUGCAUGCUUGCUGUUGACCCAAAGAGGAACUGCUCAUUUGCAAUUGAAGGAGUCGAAGGCGGCACUGCGGGACGCCGUGGCUGCCAUGGACCUGGAGCACUCCGCCGCAGAGGCCUUGGCGGUAGAUGCUCUCACAGAGCUGGGAUUCAAGGAUGUGGCACAGAAGAUCCUGGAGCCGGUGGGCUCUGGGAAGAUUUUGGAUCCAGCGGCACCCUUGGUGCUGAGAUGUGUGGACAGAUGGGUUUCUGAGAUCGCAAGCCACUUCUCAGAGGCGGAUGCCGCGACCGAGCUCCCCAUGCCAAUCCACAUGCCAUCAGACAGGUACUUGGAUGGGCUGGAUGAGGAAACUCGAGCAGCUGUCAUCAAGAGAUAUAUUCCUGAAGAGCCUUUUGGCGGCACCGGAGUGAUAUCAAAUGCAACAGAUUGCUUUGAGCUCAUGAAGAAGUGGGAGGAGGUGUUCUCCGGCCCAGAGUUUCAGUCCAAGAGAAAGGCCCUUUGGGACCGUCGAGACCUAUCCUUCCCGCUUCGUUUGAAAGAAACAAGGACCAUGGUUGCUGAGUGCCUGGCCAAUGUCCUUGAGCCUAUGGGCUUCGCACCUGGAAGGCCUGGCCUGGCCCGGUGUGUCAAGCAGAUGCAGGUUCAUUGGUCAACCGACAAGAAUUGUGCCAACAAGGCUCUUGAUCUUGAGGAGCUGGCUGAUGUGAGUCUUGCCGAUUUAGAGUGA